GAGAAAUUAAGUCUUUGCCCCCCCUACUAUAAAGAGGGGAGGCUGAAGCCAAAAUGGAGUUUAUGACCUUGAUUACUACUUGCUAGUUUAUGGCAAUUGCAGCAACCAUGAACCUCAACCCCAACGAUAACAAUAUCAUCUCCACCACUGCCGCCGCCGCCACCGCCACCACCACCAAAGAUGACCACGAAAACGACAUGGUUAUGCCUGGAUUUCGCUUCCACCCUACCGAGGAAGAACUCGUUGAGUUCUACCUUCGCCGUAAGGUCGAGGGCAAGCGUUUCAAUGUAGAGCUCAUUACUUUCUUGGAUCUUUAUCGCUACGACCCUUGGGAACUUCCUGCCUUGGCUGCAAUCGGAGAGAAAGAAUGGUUCUUUUAUGUGCCUAGAGACCGAAAGUAUCGAAACGGCGAUCGACCCAAUCGUGUAACUACUUCCGGCUACUGGAAGGCAACAGGAGCUGACCGGAUGAUCAGAACUGAGAACUCCAGGUCAAUUGGGUUAAAGAAAACCCUAGUUUUCUACUCUGGGAAAGCUCCUAAAGGUAUCCGAACAAGCUGGAUCAUGAAUGAAUAUCGCUUGCCACAGCAUGAAACUGAACGAUAUCAGAAGGUAAACAACUGUGCUGAGAUAUCACUUUGCCGAGUUUAUAAAAGAGCUGGAGUGGAAGAUCACCCGUCUCUCCCUCGUUCUCUUCCAUCGAGAGCUUCAUCAUCUAGAGGCGCUCAAUCGGAAAAGAAAAAUCUUCAUCAACUUUCCAUUGAAAGAUUUCAACCAUUUGGAGGAGGACAAUCACAGCAAAUAGAGAUGGAGAAGAUGAGUGAAACAGAUGGAAGUAGUAGCUCAGAUGUCACUACUGGUUUAGGACUCUCCAAAAGUACUAAUAAUGAAUACCAUCCUGUACCUACAAUUAGCACUUCACUUGGAUUACCAGCUGCAAUGGAAGAAGAAGAAAUUUUUCUAAACCAGUCUAGACAAGCCUGCUCUUUAGUCCCUAACAAUACCAACCUCUUCACUGGUUCAUCUUCGGUUUCCUCCAACCCGGUUGAUGAUCUCCAUAGACUAGUAAAUUAUCAGCAAGCUUGCAUUAGCCAUCACCAGCAGCAGCAACAGCAACAAUAUUACACUCAUCAUCAUCAACAACAGCAGCAACCUUCACAAUUCUCUAUCAUGGCACCGCAAACUCAGCCACUGGCUUUCAACGUGCUGCCCAACUCACUACCCACCGCAUUGUGGGAGUGGAACCCAAUGCCAGAAGGAAAUAGAGAGUACAACCUUAACAAUCCGUUCAAGUAAUCAAUGAACUGCACACACAAUUAUAUUUAUGUGUAGGUUAAUUAGUUAUACUUUAUGUUGCUGGUAAUGAUCAUAAUUAAUCUAUACAGAUAUGUGUGUAGGUUAAUUCCCUCUAAUUAUCAACUUUAAUUAAUGUCAUUAGCUUUUGGAUUGACUGAUAUUAAUUAAUGUAUGAUCUGUUUCUCUAUUA